AAGCAUGGCAUGCACCAUAAAACGACGUCGUUCGUAUACAACACCAUUCGGAUUUUAACCGCCAGAGAAAUAUUUGGGCUAGUUAACUUUUAAAAAAUCGUGGCCUUCGUUUCUUAUUUUUUCUUCUCCUGUUGGAUCCUUCUUCUCACCCAGAAUUCAGAGCUAAGGAAAGGGUGAACGUACAAAUUCAGAAAUGGGGCUGACAUUUACAAAGCUCUUCAGCAGGCUUUUUGCCAAGAAAGAGAUGCGAAUUCUGAUGGUGGGUCUUGAUGCCGCUGGUAAGACCACCAUCUUGUACAAGCUCAAACUUGGAGAAAUCGUCACCACCAUCCCCACAAUUGGAUUUAACGUAGAGACAGUGGAGUACAAGAACAUUAGCUUCACAGUGUGGGAUGUUGGGGGUCAGGACAAGAUCCGCCCACUGUGGAGGCACUAUUUCCAGAACACUCAAGGGCUUAUUUUUGUUGUUGAUAGCAAUGAUAGGGAUCGAGUUGUUGAGGCAAGAGAUGAGUUGCACCGGAUGUUGAAUGAGGAUGAACUGAGAGAUGCUGUUUUGCUCGUAUUCGCCAACAAACAAGAUCUUCCUAAUGCAAUGAAUGCUGCAGAAAUAACAGACAAGCUUGGUCUUCAUUCUCUUCGUCAACGCCACUGGUACAUCCAGAGUACAUGUGCAACCUCCGGGGAAGGUCUGUACGAAGGGUUGGAGUGGCUAUCCAAUAACAUUGCUAGCAAGGCAUGAGAGUUGAGACAGUUGUAAGAUUUUCGUGUUUUGCCAGACGCCUAUGGGAAGAAUGGUUUUCUUUAAUUAAGUGAAUAUUGUAAUAGCAGACCCUCUGGCUCAACUUUAAUGUAAUUCAGGUUUCGUAAGCAUCAUCUUUAGCUAUACUUUUUACUUGUUUAGUUGUAAGCAAAAGCUGUUAUGUUACAAUAGCAUUAUGUAUGAGUCGCUUUCAGGUACAGGUUCAUCUUGUUUGCUCUUUUUGAUGCCUGGUUUACUUUUUAAAUUGUUAUAGGCUGUAGAAUGGCUAUAUAUAGAUCAUGUGUGGCUUAUUUUCUCAUUA